AUGUUCUAAGGAGAGGAUGUUGAUUUCCUAGAAGAAAUGUAUAAAAUAAAGGAGAUAGGAAAGAUUGGGGAAGGAAGCUUCGGGAAAGUAUAUAAGGCAAUAGACUUAACAGAUAAUACAGAGUGUGCUGUCAAGGUUAAUACUGUUGUGAUUAUUAAGGUUGUAUCUAAAACACUUUUUAAAGAUGCUUAAGUCGAGUCAGAUAUUUAUUAGUAGUUAAAUCAUCCUCAUAUCGUCUAAUGCAAAAGAGUACUUUAGCAUUCUUAUGAAGAUAACAGAAAAUAAGAAUUAAUUUUUUUUAAUUAUGGAACUAAUGAAAGGAGGAACCUUAGCUUAACGUAUGAAAUAAGAACAUACUGAUGAAGAGUUUGCCAUUAUAAUGAAAGGAAUUCUCUUGGCAGUUCAUUAUUUACAUGAGAAAAGAAUCAUUCACAGAGAUUUGAAACCAGAGAAUAUUAUGUUUGCUAAAACAGACAUAAGAACUGUUAAAAUUGCUGAUUUUGGUUUAAGUUUUAAGUUUGCAUCUGAAGGCAUGUUCUAUAGUUUACUUAAUAAAAAAUGUGGAACUAUUAUUUACAUGGCUCCUGAGUAAUUUAAAGAGAAAUUUGUAUUCAAUUAUAAUUAAUAGAUAGUAUAGCAAAUAAAUUGAUUCUUGGAGUUGUGGAGUAAUUAUGUACAUGUUAUUGAAUUCUGGUUAACAUCCAUUUUAUAAUAAAAAUGAAACUAGAGAAUAAGUAAUAAAGAAAAUUAUGAAUCCGAUAUGGCAUUUCUCAGAUCGUAUGAAUCCAUUAGCAAAGGAUCUCAUUUAAAAGUUGACUACAAUUGAACCAAUAGAAAGGUAUAGUGUUGGAUAGGCAUUGAUUCAUCCAUGGAUUACUCGUAAUUUCUAAGACAAAAUACCAUUAACUUAUAAUGAACAAAUUUAUUAGUUUAUCAAAGAUCAAUAAAUUAGAAAUGUAAUUAUAAUUAUUUAGUAUAAUAGUAAUUUAAGUUACUCUUCUUUUUAUAAUAUAUAAUGAAGAAUUCUCCAAUUUAGUAACCUUAUCCUGAUGAUGAGAUAUUAUAAAAAUUGAGUGAUAAGAAAAAAUUAUAAUAACAGUAUUAAUCCUUACCUAAUCCACAAUUAUAAAAGUAAAGGGUUUUGUCAAAUAAUCAAAAAAUUAAAAAUCUUAGAUCUACAAGUCCAAAAGAUUAGAAAUCAAGGUAAAAAUCAAAAUCCAAACCAAAGACUUCUUUUGAAAAUUUGAAUACUCUUGAAGAUUAAAGAUAUACAAUAGCUUCAUUUAAAAAAUGUUUUUAACAAAAAGCAACAGUAAGACCAAAAACAAUAGAAGAGGCUUUGAAUGAGAAUUCUGCAAAAUCUAGAUAAUUUAUUAAAUAAAAAUUAGAGUUACCUCCAUUAAAAAAAAAAUGA